AUGUCACAUCUUGAAGAAUUAACUUUAUAUCUUUAUAUCUUGGGUGAAUCAACAUUUAUCUCUAGUACUCAUCUUGAUAAUGAAAUUCUUAUUCAUAUGCCACGACUUCAUACAUUCACAUUUUAUUUCGCUUCUGAAAAUGACAUUGAUGAUGAUACAGAUAUUCGCAUAUUUAAUUCAAAUAUUCAACGAAGUUUUACCAAUAUGAAAUAUGGACAGGUGGCUUCUAUAGUAGAUUAUUUGGAAGUUUGCAAAAUCAUAUGUCAUAUUUUUUCACUUCCAUUUAAAUUUCAUUUUCUUCAACACAUCGGAAAUAAUAUACCAAAUGUUGUAUUUAAUUCUGUCACUCAUUUGAAAUUAUGGGAUAAAGAUGAAUUCAAACAUGAAUUUUUCGUUCGACUUACUCGAGCUUUUCCAUGUCUUCAAAAGUUAUCUAUUUGGAAUAUUAAGCCACCAUUUUUGAGAUGUCAUGAAUUUCAUCUUCGUGAUAAAGAUUGGUGCUCAAUUAUUGAAUAUCCGCAUCUUAUUUCACUUAACAUCAAACAUGCACAUCCUUAUUAUGUUGAACAUUUUCUCAAUGAAACAAAAACACAUUUACCACGUUUAAGAGAAUUAAAAAUCACUUCUUAUGAGUUGAAAAACGUGACAAAAAAUUUUACAAGAGAUGAAACACGACGUAAUUGUGCUAGAGUGAAUCGAUUAAUUGUUGAAUGUCAAAUCGUUUAUUCGAAAGAUGUCUAUAAUUAUUUUCCUUUGUUGUAA